UGUUGUGCUGCGAGAGUGCGCCGAGGAAACACCCCGCGAUGGAUUAGUGCGGAAGCUUUAUCGCAGUGUGUACAGCGCGCGUUCAGUUCCAGAUUCGGAUUACAUACGAUUCACGGGAAGAGCGCUGGAAAUCUGAAACAAACUGCCGGAUAAAAUGGACGACAAGCGCACGCCGCGCGCCAGUUCGAAGGUGUCGCAGAUUGCGAACCGCUUCCAGCCACCCGGGCAGCAUCCUCAUCGCGACGACGUCAUUACCCCACUGCGUGGGAGCAAACCUCGCUCGACCAGCUCCCCAGGCACGGAUUAUCGCGACGACGUCGCCACCGUCACCGUGGUGCGCACCGAGAGUCACCUAACGCGAUUCAAUAACGCGCGAGCUUUAUUCGAGAAGCUGGGAGAGGAAAACCGCCCUAGGGAUAUCCAACGAGUGACAAGUCAUCCGUAUCCCAUCCAAACCACUAAGAGUGCAGGGCAUGUGCCACAUUUAGACAGGUCUCGCAGCAGCUCAGCGAAUAGCGAUCACAUUCGAGAAACACACUGCUCCCGAUCCACGGAUGAAGGAUCAAGAUCACCUUCGCCCACAACAAGAAGAUGUGUUCCUCUGAAUGAUAAAACGAAUGGAUUCGCGAGGAAUAAGAUGGAGAUUGACUCUAUGCACCAUCCACAUCCGGGUCUAACACAUGGUCAUACAGUAACAAUGGGUGGGUUGACAAAAUUGAACGGCAACUCUGAUGAUAAAGGUGUGCAGCAGUAUAGCAAACCACAAUUGAUGAAGAAGCCAGAGAAACCAGAGAGAAAGUUCAACAGCAAGGAGUUGAUUGAAAAGCAACGGAAUUGGACGUCGCAUUUUAGCAAGACUAGAACUUCGAGGUAUACGAGUGAUCCGAAUAGAAAUAAUGACCAAAUUGGUAAACCAGGACACUAUGGUCAUAGGGAGGCACCGGUGGUGGAUAAUCGCGCGACGCGAAGUGCUUCUUUCACUUCGCGGGUGCGUAGCCCGCCGACAUCACCGCCGUGCCCGCCGGAUGUGACGCGUCGCCCGAAUGUCGCACGGCGGGAGAGGCCAGCCUCAGUGCCGACACACAUCAGCAGUCCGCUCAGUAGUCCCAUCAAAGAUCCCUCUCCGCGUCAUCACAUCGAGCGGGACAGAUACGUCUCGUCCCCGUCGCCGGUGACCUCACCAGUGCGCAACAUCAACACACGAGUGGUGCGCGGUCAGCACAAGCGCGAUUCAGAGGAAACCAACAAAGAGAACAAACCCUUAGACUUUGAAGAGGAGAUAGAGGAGCAGUAUGUGCAUCAUAAGGCAAUGACACCCACAUCACCUUCAUCACCACCUGUAGCAGCUGUAAUUGUAGAAACGCCGACUUCAACGCGACAUAGUGGAAUUGUUAAGGAAUUGCCAAAGUCGCCCUCGGGCGGCGCAAACUUGACAAAUGGUGGAAGUACGAAUAAUGCCAGUAAUGCAACUAACUCUAGUUCUAACUCAAAGUCUCUAGACGAGGUGAGCAACAAAGAGUCGCUUAGCGUGAGUAGUUUAAGCUCGCUUAGUCCUCCGAGCAGCCCGAGGACCAAACCGGAAGUUGAGGCUGAACCACCUCCGAGAAUCGCACCUCGUGCGGCGGAAGAAGAAGAAGAUCUCGAAGACGAAGAGUCUGAGGAAAAGGAGGAGGAAGACGACGUCGAGGAGGAAAAAGCCGAACGGGAGACCAACGAAAAGACUGACAUAGGUGCCCAAGAUCAGGCCGAUGUGAAAUCAAAUAAGACUGAAGAAGAACAAGACGAAGACGAAGUAGUCCCGGUGCCGCGCCGUAGCAAAGUCUCUAGCAUCUCGGUGAACAUUCCAGCCGCCGGAUUGGGCACGCGCCCACCCUCGAUUAUCUCCUCGACAACUGACGAGGGUGGCUUCAAUGAGCCGUAUCCGGAGAUCACCGCGAGACUGAAACCGCCCGAGGACGCGCUUUAUGAUUAUCCUAUAACGGACGAGGACAAGGUGGAUUUGUUCAUCCAGGACGAAGGAGACUAUGCGACGAUUGAUGCGAAGGAUUCCCCGAACACCGAGAGCAUCGAAUCGCCACUAUCGCAGCCGCGUACCGUCGAGGCCAUCUACGCGGUGCCCAACAAGCCUUCCUGCCUUCUCCAGCAGCGAUCCAAUGCCUCCACGGAUUCCGACUCGCAGGCGACUGUAGUGCACCACAAGAGUUUCGAUUCGGACGUAAUGUACAACGCUUCCAAAGGAGGAUCGCCUGCGGCGGCUGUCUGCGACCUGGACAUGCAGGACGAGGACGACUACGGCGAGAAUUUGCGCUCGGCGGAGUUUAUUCAACAUGAGCGAAGCGUGGAGGCAAGUAAUAGGCCUGAUGUAGUUCCUUGUGUAUCGCCGAAAGGGAGUCCUGUGAAAAACUCGCCGGAAAUUCACUGCGAAGCAAAUCUGCUUGAUCUCAAAGAUGUGGAAUAUGCUGAUGCGAGCGAAGAUGAGGACGAGGUCGACGAUCGUGUCAUCAUCAAAGAGGACGCGCCUGAAGUGGAUGCUAUGACGCCAGCGGAGGCUGAAAAUCUUUUAAGUUCUAAUAUACUAGAAAAACGAAUUCGUCAAGAAUUAAUCACCGAUGAAGAAGCCCGCGAAAUUCAGAAACUACUAGACUCUAAGCAAAACAAAUGGACGUCCGAUGCGAACUCCUCCAUGCAAGACUCGAUGGGUUUACCGUCUCUCAGUGACAGUUACGGACCACCUUCAAUUCAGGAGGAGCAAGUCGAAUAUGCCCAAGUGAUAAAAAUUAAGAAGGCCGACAAGCAGGUAAUGAAUGAAUCCACGAGUAGUAUUGACGUGUCAACACAAGAAGUCACCAACAGCAAGUUGGAAUCAAGCAUGGCUUCCGAUUCCGGUUUAAUAGACUCUGUCAGUUUUUCGGAAUCAAAUAAUGAUACCGAUUUUAUACCGCAACCGCUACAAGUUGUUGGUAUUGAAAAUGGUAUUCAUUACUUUGAAGAUGGGCACUUCUGGAUGGAGGUACCCGGUCUACCGGAAGACGAUGAUGAUGACCUGGAGUACCCGAUGUACAUACCCAAAUCGUUCAAGAUCAGGUUCUCUGUUGGACCUAUUCAAGUUUUCUCGACCUACAGCAUCAAUGAUUAUGACCGACGUAACGAAGAUGUUGAUCCGGUUGCAGCGAGCGCUGAAUAUGAACUUGAGAAACGCGUCGAGAAAAUGGAUGUGUUUCCGGUCGAGUUGCUGAAGGGUCCUGAGGGAUUGGGUUUGAGUAUUAUCGGCAUGGGUGUCGGGGCUGACGCUGGCUUGGAAAAGUUGGGGAUUUUCGUUAAGACGAUAACUUCGAAUGGGGCCGCGUCAAAAGACGGGCGGAUUCAAGUCAACGAUCAGAUUAUUGAGGUUGAUGGCAAGAGUCUCGUGGGAGUGACGCAAGCAUAUGCGGCUAGCGUGCUGCGGAAUACUUCCGGCAUAGUCAAGUUCAGUAUCGGAAGGGAGCGUGAUCCUGAUAACAGUGAAGUGGCGCAGUUGAUUCGUCAAUCUCUGCAAGCUGAUAAGGAGAGGGAGGAACGUCGACAGCGAGCGUUGGAGGCCGAACAGCAGGCUAGUGAUGCCAGUACACUUCCCUUAACAGGUUCAGCGAAUAGUAGCGUUUCCGAUGGUCCUGUAAGCCCCCUGGCAGCAACAAACGACAACGUGUUCGAACCGGAACCGGAAAACAAUGACGUAGAAUCAUUGCGAUUGUUACUCCAAGAGACUCAGCGCAAGCUCAACCUAUCCGAACACGAGCUAGCGCGCCUGAAGACAAAGCUGAUGGAACAGAACGGACUCAAAUCGGAUGAGAGUGAGAAACUGGAGCAAACCGCAGCGAGAUUGAAAGAGACUGACAAAGCUUUGGCCAUUUCAAAGAAGGAGAUUACCACCUAUCAGAAUAUGUUGGAGCAAUCACAGAAUCAAUACCUCACGUUGGAGAAGAAAUACAGCCGUGCUAAACAACUCUGUCGGGAAUUCCAACAGCGGGAGAUUGAAAUGGCGCAAAGAGAAGAUUUUUACCAACAGUUGUUGCAGGAGAAAGACACUGAAUACAAUGCUCUAGUGAAGAAUUUAAAGGAUAGAAUUAUCACACUUGAGCAGAAGUUAUACGAGACACAGAAACAAGCCGGAAUGCCGCCAUCUUUACCGUACGAUAGUACAAACGCAAAAUCUGUGACACCACAGAUGUCCCGACGUCAACCACCUAAUAAACUAGGCCAAAGCAUCACCCCAGACUUUUCCGACACGGAAGUGUCCGACGCUAGUCCUGAUGACCUAAACAAAACCGACACGGUGGAGAGAAAACUCCCGAUUAAGGACGAAUUCGACAGCGCGGUACCACCGCACGAGUUGUUGGACAUCUCCGCGAAUAAAAGCAAAGCGGAGCUAGUAAAUCGCGCGCGCCAAAUGCCCAAAAAGGGUUCGCUGAGUAACAGCAGUUCAGAUUAUGGUCUGGACGAAAGUUACAACUCUGCCGAUGAACUCGAUCCUCCUUACAUUAACGAUUCAAAAAACGACCUGAUGCGCCCGCACACCUUGGACACGAACAAUUAUUCGACGUACAGCACCGCACAGUACAACAGCCAGAACAGCCACUACAACAGCCAGGUGCAGUACUCGCAGAUCCAGAAUAAUUACGUGCAGAAAAUCGACAACUCCGCGGGGGUGGUGUACGCGCGCGUUCAGAAGGAAUCAAGUAUGCAACAACCCAGUCCCGAUCCAUGGGUGGGUGGUAAGCAAGCGAUGGGUCCCGCAUCAUCGCUGGCGGAACAACUCAAACAGAAUCACCAUUUUCAGGUGCUCGCCGAGCGCGAGAAACGCAUCGGAACGGAGAGUUUGACCGCCUCACAGGAUGAAUUGAAUGAGAAAAGCAAGAGUACUGCGCAGCAUUUAUUGGAGGAGAUUCGGCAGGCAGUAAACGAGGCUAAUCAACGAGGUAUGAAAAAAGUUGCUCCGGUUACACUAUCGCCACCGGGAUCUGUACCAUGGCAGCAUCAGUCUGGUGCGUCGCCAACCCCACCUUCGCCAUCGAGUUUAUCCUCAGGGUCUGUAUCUCCUUCACGAAUGGAUACGUGGAGCAGUAUGCAUCCUUCGGAUAUUAGUCUAUCUUCAUGCAGUAUUGCCAGUUGUGAUAAACGAAAUUCUCACUUUUGGCAAUCAUCUGCUGUUGCCGACUGGAGUAAAGAACAAGUGUGCCAAUGGUUAUUAGGUUUAGGCUUAGAACAGCACAUCCCCAAGUUUGUCGAGUUGCAAGUCAACGGCUCAGCACUCUUACAAUUAACCUCUGCGGACUUUAAAAUCCUCAAGGUGAGCGGCGAUGAUAAAACGCGCUUGAAACGUAAAAUCAAAGAGCUGCGCCACCAGGCCGAGAAAGAACGUAAGCAAAUGGAAAAAGACCGCAAAGAGAAAGAGAAACAACAACGAAAGGCGGAGAAAGCCAGCAAGAAGAAGUGAAUGCCACAGAACGGCCUAACAAACAAAUUCGCUGAGAGCGUGCAAUGGACGCUUGAAUAAAAGUUCGCGUUUUUUAGACGUCAUCAUGAUGAAUAUGAUGCAAGAUGAAAGGAAAUCCUGCCAUACAGGUGUUUUAUUAGUGCGUGUAUGUACUAUCUUACCCCCCGAAUAUAAACGUGUAAAAACUGGUGUAUAUGAUAGUGCGUAUGAUUUGAUUGCUGUUUUAUUGCCAAAAAGUCGACGAUGUUGUGUGGUGUAGAUUAUUAAUAUAAAUAUAACGUGCUCGUGGUAGAAGUCACAUUAAAAAACACCAGGAAAUUACCGCUGUGAGUGGUAAUGCACUCGCAGUGCGUAUUUCUUCAUGAUCUGUCACUGUCACGUAAUGAAAACUUAAGUGUAAGUUUGCGAAAAACACAGAUUCUGAUUAUCUAUACUCGAUUAUUCUAAUAUUACGAUGUAAUCAAAACAAAAAAUACCAUAUUUCAAGUAUCAUCUCACUCACGCAUUGAAUAAGAUGGCCGCCGCACAUAAAAUGGCGGCCGGGUGCAAUUUUAGCAGUGCUCACUCCGCUGAUUGAUGCAUUCAAUCAGCCCAUCGAGUGGCACGGUUUUUUGAACGGAAGAGAUGUUUAUACACACAAUACGAUUAUUCAAAGUUGUAGAUAUUUGAUUGACGAUGACGACGCAUACUCUUCAGUUUGUUCGACUAUAUCGUGGGCAUUUUAUAAACUAUGCUAAUAAAUAUUUAUCUCAUUAUCUCCGAAUUCUUAUGUUGGACGAACAUACGAUGGAUAUGAAUCUUUAGCGCGUGUUUUGUUUCUUAUUUAAGACAUAUUUUAUUUAAAAGUGAACUAUUUAUGUGUAUUUAUCUUAACUUUAAAACAAAACUCAUGUAAGUUGUCGAAUAUACUCUGUGGUUUCGUUUUGUAUUGUAAACUUUUCGUUACGGGACCAACACACACGUCUUGUUUAAUGUAAUAGUUUGAUUUCGUUUCUCUCGAACCGCCCCGUAGCAUUCAUGAGUCUCUGUUCGAUUUUUUAUUUGUGUUGUUGCUCAAUAUUAUAUAUUUUUUUUGUUGAUGACUGGUAAGCUGUGACUGAGUGGUGCGUUUUGCGAUCGCCACAGUUUGAAAUGAUUAUAUACAUCGUACUUUAAUUAAUUUACUACCUAUUUAAGUAAUGAAUAUUAUAUAUAGAAAUGAAUAUGAUUAUAUCUAAUUCUAAUGCAUUAUGUUUAAACAUUUAAACAUUUGAUUGUGAUUUUACAAAUUUCGAUUUUAACAGUGGUAAAGAAUAAAAAUACUUAAUACGACGAUAAAA